GUUCGUCGACUUCGUAGCUUCUGAUACUUCGAUUUGAUCCGAAAUAUGGCAGUAUGCGACUGAGGGACCUUCAAGAGUGUUGCAGUGGUCCAAAUUCAAUCAAAACUAUGGCAAAAAAUGUCAUAAGCUACAGCUGUAUUAGAUACGAGUGCGUAUAAGAUUUGUUCCCAAGUUAAAGGCUUUCUUCUUGUUCAAUGAUUUUCAAUGUGAGUUGAGCUUAUAGGAAGAGACCUGCUUCACUAUUAGGCAUAGACAACCAGAGCUGAAAUCAGAAAACCAUGAAGAAAGCUUCUAUUUCUCCCCACAAUCUGGGUGUAUUGCAAAGCCCGGGGGCUCCUAGUUACCGUGACAAAAAUGCCGGGAGCCAAAGGGGUUGGAGCUCUGAACGAGUGCCAUUGACAGGUAAAAGCAGCCGGAGGCAUUUAAGUGCUGCUUCUUUGAUGCCAUUCAAUAGUGGACGGGCGUUGCCUUCAAAGUGGGACGAUGCUGAGAGGUGGAUUUGCAGCCCAAUUUCAGGUCAGAGUAAUGGUCAAGUUACAUAUUCCCAGCCUCAUAAGCGGCCAAAGUCCAAGAGUGGUCCGAUUGUGCCUCCAGGGGUUGGGUGUUCUUCCAAUUAUUCGCCUGCAAUGCAGGGACUUGACGGCAGCAGCCUGAGGAGUUUCCUUGUGGGUUCUCCUUUAUCAGCAGGAAUAUUGGCUGCUGAUGGUCUCUUUGUUCAAUAUGGUAAUGUUGGUGUAGGACAGUCUUUUGUAGUGGAUGUUGAGAACAGUGUCGCACAUUCGGGUUGUUUGCCUGGAUGGUCGGAGCUGUUGAGUGAGCCUUCAUCUCCCAGCUCUCAAGAUGAGAAGCUGGAUGGAACUGAGGAAACCAUGGACUCUCGUGCUGUUUCGCGAAGAGAUAUGGCCACACAAAUGAGCCCUGAGGGCGGCAUCAACUCAUCUCCUAGAGCGAAUUCUUCAUUUUCUUCAACUCCUCCAUCUUUCACAUCUAUUGUAGAAACACAAGCUGGAAGUUCUACUAAAGUAGAAGUUAAGGAUGUGCAGGUUGACAAACGAGCCACUGUUAUUAAUUGGUCUAAAAAACAUAUAGCCAAUAUGACUAAGAAGAGGUCGCCCCAUGUUGAAGACUUCAAUAAUGAUAAGGAAACACGAGCUGCAUCUUGGGAUAUUGCAGAGGCAGAAAUGAACAUUUCAAAGUUGCAAAGAGAGGAAGCCAAAAUCGCCGCGUGGGAAAGCUUGCAGAAGGCAAAAGCCGAAGCAGAAAUAAGGAAACUUGAGAUGAAAUUAGAGAAGAAGAGGUCAUCAUCAAUGGAUAAGAUCUUAAGCAAGCUGAGCAUGGCACAGAUGAAAGCACAAAAAAUGAGAAGCGCAGUGUCAGUCCAAGAAGGCGAUCAGGACCCCAAGACUUUCUACAAGGUUGUUUCUUUCAGAAAGUUUAUGCGAAUGGGUUCUUUCCGCAGUUGCUUUACCUCCCAUGACUUCUAAAUCCACAUUCAGCGCUCUCCUCUAAUUUACCCUCACACCAGGUAAGAGGACAGCGUAGACCAGCCAGUAUGCGGAUUUGCGUAGUACUGCAGUAAUUUUGCGGCGUUUUUGUCAUUCUUCUGAACAAUAGAAGCUCUUCAAUCUUCAUAUGAUCAUCGUGCCUUUCGAUAUGUUUCUGGAGUCCCUUUUGUGGCAUUGUACAGGGAUACAUCAUGUGUUCAAGGACUAAGAAUUUGGAUCACUACAUAGUACAAACUCUUCAGUUCUUGUAUUUAUACUUACUGAUUGUGGAUAAAAACCUUCUUUUGCAUGCUUUGCUAA